GAGGCAGCUCCACAUAAAAAGAUUGCCUAAAUUGCUUAUUAGUCGAGCGCAUACUGGUUUUUUUUAUCGUUUUUAUAAUUACCACUAAUCAUAGACAUAACCUAAAAGGUAUAUAAUCACCAGUAUGUCUUCAAGUGAACAGUUUGAAGAAAAAUUUAAAUACAUUGACGAACCAAAUAUGGAAAAGCAUUCAACUAAGGAAUCUUCACUUCUGGAAAACCGUAGCAGAGAUGAAUCUCUAUUAGUUAGCAAUCCUCCGCCUCUUAUAUGCCGAAAAUGCUUCGAGCUUGGACACCAGACCGAAAACUGCAAGCAAAAACUUACAGUCUGCUCAACAGUUAAUUCUGCUCAGAAUGAAAAGGAAAAAGUCCUUCCGGAAAAUCCCCGAGAGCGAUCGAAUUUUAUAUCGUCAUUAUGCUUUUGGUAUACCAUACCUAUAUUUCGUAAGGGUUACAAGAAAACAUUGGACUCAACGGAUCUUUAUAGACCCUUGGAGGAGCAAAAGUCGGAUAUACUUGGCAACAAGUUGUGUGCCUCUUGGGAGCGAGAAUUAAAAAAUGACCGAGGAACCCCAAGCCUCCUCAGAGCUCUGCUGCGGGUUUUUGGCUGGCAAAUGGGAUUCCCUGGUCUGGCAAUUUUCGUUGUGGAACUGGGACUACGCACUUUGCAGCCCAUCUUCUUGGUGAAGCUCAUAUCGUACUUUUCUGGGGACCCAGACGCUGCCAAUGCGGGAUUUUACUACGCAGUAGCUCAGAUCGUAAUCAGUGCCCUUAGUGUGAUGAUUUUAACUCCAACCAUGUUCGACAUCCAUCAUGUGUGCUUUAAGAUGCGGGUGGCCAUGGGCAGCAUGAUCUUCCGGAAGGCGCUGCGUCUGACCAAGGGGGCACUGGGCGACACUACAUCCGGCCAUGUGGUCAAUCUGAUUUCGAACGACAUUCCGCGCCUGGACAGCGCACCCUACACCGUUCACUAUCUCUGGGUGGGCCCGCUUCAAGUUCUGGUCAUCACAUACCUGAUGUAUCAGGAGAUUGGUAUCUCCGCCGUAUUCGGGGUGCUGUUCAUGCUGCUCUUCAUGCCAAUACAGAUGUAUCUGGGUACGAUGACCUCUGCGCUCCAACUGAAGGCAGCCGAACGGACUGACAACCGGAUUCGGAUGGUCAAUGAAAUAAUCUCCGCCAUUCAGGUGCUGAAAAUGUACGCCUGGGAGCAGCCGUUUGAGCAGAUGGUCACCCAGGCUCGCGAGAAGGAGAUGAACACUAUUCGCCAAGGACAAUACAUAAGAGGAUUCGGCUUCGCCUGCAGAAUCGUCCUCUCACGAGUGGCCAUCUUCCUCAGCUUGGUUGGCUACGUCAUCUUGGGAAAGGUUUUCACGCCGGAGAUCGCCUUUAUGAUAACAGCCUACUACAACGUACUACUGGCCGCCAUGUCCAUAUACGUACCUUCCGCCAUCAUCCAGACGGCCCAAAUCCUGACCUCCAUCAGACGCGUGGAGCAGUUUAUGCAGUCUGAAGAGUUGAAUAGUUCGGACAAAAGUGAAGGUCCUUUCAAGGAAACGGUAGCUGAUCCACCCUCCAACAAUAACGAGACCGUUCUUCAGGAAUCAGCUAUCUCCAUACGUGACGUGAAAGCCAAAUGGGAUCCCAAUUCACCAGACUACACGCUUAAUGGGAUUAACCUACAGAUUAAACCCGGCAGUGUGGUGGCCGUAAUCGGACUGACUGGGUCUGGAAAAUCUAGUCUCAUUCAGGCUAUUCUCGGCGAGCUGAAAGCGGAGUCCGGUCAGUUGAAAGUAAAUGGUUCCUUGUCCUACUCCUCCCAGGAGGCGUGGCUCUUCUCCGGCACUGUCCGUCAGAAUAUCCUAUUUGGCCAACCGAUGGACAGCCAGCGGUAUGAAGAGGUAGUAAAGAAGUGCGCCCUGGAGCGGGAUUUCGAUCUGCUUCCCUUAAGGGAUAAUACUAUUGUUGGCGAGCGCGGAGCAUCCCUGUCCGGUGGGCAGAGGGCCAGGAUCAGUUUGGCGAGAAGUGUAUAUCGGAAGGCGUCCAUCUACCUCCUGGAUGAUCCACUGAGCGCAGUAGACGCCAGCGUAGCACGUCAUCUCUUCGAGCAGUGCGUGCGGGGUCACCUACGCGGAAGCACCGUAGUUCUGGUUACCCACCAAGAGCAGUUCCUUCAGCACGUCGAUCAGAUUGUCAUCUUGGCGAAUGGACAGAUCAAAGCUGUGGGCGACUAUGAGUCGCUACUCAAAAUGGGCCUUAUCACUAGUCUGGGAAGUCUAUCAAUGGCAGAUAAUCACGAGGAGCAAGAGCCAUCGAACCUUAGUUGCCCCGACAAUAAAAACGAAGUCACUCCCAUCGAAGAAAACUGCGAGCAGACCGUCGGAGGUGCCAACUCGGGAAAGGAGCACGUGGAGCGUCAGGAAUCAGGUGGCAUCAGUCCGGCUUUGUACAGGAAGUACUUCCAGGCGGGAGGUGGAUUGGUGGCUUUCCUUGUCAUGCUGAGCAGCUCUGUGUUGGCCCAGGUGGCUGUCACUGGAGGUGACUACUUUCUUACUUACUGGGUCAAGAAGGAGAGCUCUUCUACUGCCCAAGGCGAAGUGGAGAAUGUGGACUCGAAAAGCAUGGACGUAUACAAAUACACACUGAUCAUAAUAUUGUCCGUUAUCAUGAAUUUGUCGUCGUCGAUUCUGUUAUUCAAUAUCGCCAAAAAAGCAUCUAUUCGAUUCCACAACACCAUAUUCAAAAGGGUUACUCGAGCUGCCAUGCAUUUCUUUAGCAUUAAUAAGCAUGGAAGCAUUCUAAACCGCUUUACCAAGGACAUGAGCCAAGUAGACGAGGUCCUUCCCGUGGUCCUGGUGGAUGUGAUGCAGAUUGCGCUUUGGCUAGCCGGAAUAGUCAUCGUUAUAGCCAAUGUCAACCCGCUGCUGUUGGUUCCAACACUCAUACUGUCCGUAAUUUUCUAUCAUCUGCGCAACUUAUAUCUGAAAACCUCGAGGGAUUUGAAGCGCGUAGAAGCUAUAAAUCGGUCUCCAGUUUACUCGCAUUUGGCUGCUUCACUGAACGGCCUAACCACCAUCCGAGCCCUGGAUGCCCAGAGCGUUCUGGAGAAGGAGUUCGACAGCUACCAGGAUGCGCACAGCUCUGCAUUUUUCAUGUACAUAAGUACCUCGAAGGCAUUUGGUUAUUGCAUGAACUGCAUAUGUGUGAUCUACAUAUCGAUCAUAACGCUCAGUUUUUUUGCCUUUCCUCCGGGCAACGGAGCGGAUGUGGGUCUGGUCAUAACACAGGCCAUGCAACUGAUCGACAUGGUUCAAUGGGGAGUGCGUCAAACCGCCGAGCUGGAGAACACCAUGACAGCCGUGGAACGAGUGGUCGAGUAUGAGAGCAUUGAGCCGGAGGGGAUGUUGGAAGCGCCGGACGACAAGAAGCCACCCAAGUCUUGGCCAGAACAGGGUGAGAUCGUCUUUAAGGAACUAAGCCUUCGCUACACACCAGAUCCGAAGGCGGAGAAUGUGCUCAAGUCCCUCAGCUUCAUCAUACAACCCAGGGAAAAAGUGGGCAUAGUGGGUCGAACUGGUGCGGGUAAAUCCUCGCUCAUUAACGCCCUCUUCCGGCUCUCCUACACCGACGGAUCCGUGCUUAUAGACACGAGGGACACACGACAGAUGGGUCUGCACGAUCUGCGCCGCCAGAUCUCGAUUAUACCCCAAGAGCCCGUGCUGUUCUCCGGUACCAUGCGAUACAACUUGGAUCCCUUCGACGAGUACAGCGAUGAGAAGCUGUGGGGUUGCCUGGAGGAGGUGAAACUGAAGGAGGUGGUGUCGGAUCUGCCCGAUGGCCUGGCCAGCAAAAUCAGCGAGGGUGGGACCAAUUUCAGUGUGGGUCAGCGCCAGUUGGUCUGCCUGGCCAGAGCCAUUCUGCGAGAGAAUCGCAUCCUGGUGAUGGACGAGGCCACGGCCAAUGUGGAUCCCCAAACGGAUGGCCUCAUCCAAGCCACCAUUCGCAGCAAGUUCAGGGAUUGCACUGUUCUGACCAUAGCCCAUCGAUUGCACACCAUCAUCGAUUCCGACAAGGUGAUGGUUAUGGAUGCUGGACGUGUUGUGGAGUUUGGUUCGCCCUAUGAACUGUUGACCAAAUCGGACUCCAAGGUGUUCCACAACUUGGUCAAUCAGUCUGGUCGAGCCACCUACGAGGGAUUGCUGUCAAUCGCCCAAAAGACAUUUGAAUCCUCCCAAGGCCGCAAUACUUACUAGUCCAUCUGACCAGUUACAUAAACUAAUAUAUAAAAUAAAAAUCUAAAUACGAAAC